AUGCGCGACAUCACGGCAGGCGCAGAUAACAGCCCCGCCGCCGCCGUGGCCGGCGAGCAGGCACCGGCGCCGAUGAGCUCAGCGACGGGUGGGGACUGCUGCUGCUGCCUGUGCGGCUACACGAUCGAGGAGGGGCAGAGGGUUGUAAGGAGCCCGGAGUGCGCGGAAGGCUUGAUGGUACAUCAAGCCUGCUUCGAAAGCGAAGACAGUACACCGGUCUUCAGCGACGACUCGGAUGGAGGAGCCCUCAAGUUCGGCUGCGACUGCGGGCAGUUUCACCCCGGAGUCGGACUGACGGCAGGCGUUUACGCGUUAUCCUUAGCAGCAUCAGAUGCUUUGGCGCCGUGGGAGACGUUGUCAGGGGCGGGGACUCCUGGGGCAGGGGCGAAGGGGUGGGUGGGGGGAGACGCCGGGGCGAUGGUGUCGCCGCGGCAUGGGUUAAGAGAGCAAGCGAGGGAAGCAGCGUUGGAGGCUUGUCCGACCUUUGUGCAGGCGGACCCCCAGGCUCUCGCGGUUGUGGAUGGCGAGGUUAGACUACGACCCGUAAACACACCGGCGAUGACGCCGACGAUGCUGCCGCACGGCCUCUCCCCCGAUGGCCUUGCGGAGCGUUUCUCCCGGCAGGACGUCUUGUCUAGGGAGGAGGCGGAGCAGCUGCUUCGGCAGGGCACGGAAAUCCUCGACAAGGAGGACAACGUGCUUGAGCUCGAAGGCGAGACUGUCGUCGUGGGGGACCUGCACGGACAGUUCUUCGACCUUCUCACCCUGCUCAAGACAUACGGGGAGCCUCCCGAAAGACAGUACCUUUUCCUCGGGGACUACGUGGACAGGGGUUUGUACUCGUGCGAGGUGGCGUUGUACCUGGUCUCCCUUAAGCUGGCGUUUCCGAGGGAGGUGCACCUGAUCAGGGGGAACCACGAGACGGCCAAUCAGACGGCUACUUGCGGCUUCAAGGACGAGUGCUCCGCAAAGUACGGGUCGAGAAUCUACGAUGCCUUCCUGGAGUGCUUCUCCGCCCUGCCCGUGUGCGCAAUCUUGUCCCAGAAGGGUCAGCUGGAGAGUCUGUUCUGCGUUCAUGGAGGCAUCUCCCCCCGGCUGAAGACGGUGAACGACAUCCGACGGCUCGAGCGACGAGUGGAGCCGGAGGAGGGGACUCUGUUGGCGGACUUGCUGUGGUCGGACCCUAGCGACGACCCCUCGCUGACCGUGUCGGUUUGGGCAAGGGUGGCCCCGUCGACCUUUCAUCCGUGGCGCUCUCCUCGUUGA